AUGUCUUUCGGUCAGCCAGCCUCUGGGACGGUGCCCAUCCUGGAGGCCCGCGGCGGCCCCGUGAAACUUGGACACGGCACCAAUUGGGAGGGCUGUGCGAGGCGAGUUACGACACUUUGGUUUGGUUGGUGGUUUUCGGGUGCGAAGGAGCGGAAGGAAGAGAGUGGAGGGCAUGGCCGCAUCGAACGCGACCUCGAACAGAAGCCGGGGAUGCCUGCGGCCGGGAAUCGCGGGACCGGGGUAGGGCGGUUUGGACGCGUAAAGGGGAGAAUUAGCACUAUUGGAAAAGGCACAGGCGAUGAGGUUUGGGGAAUGGAAAUUCUUAGAUGGGUUUCUGGAAGACGAGGAGGUAUUAUAUUGAAUGGGUGGGAUGGCAUCCCGUCCACUGCCGCGAGGGCGAGUGCGCUGGAAAACGCGUUGGAAGCGGGGUGGGCGCAUCUUCGGCCAGACGCAACCUGCCGAAACCUCUUGGGUCCGUUCGUGCAGCAUCCGAUGGGAAUUGUCUCGUCCAACCUCAUCAAAACUCUCCCUUGCAUUGGCGCCCGGCCAUCACUCAACGCGUCGAUUGGGUGCACGAGGGAACUCGGCUGCGGCUGUGGUGCCACCGAUGCAACUCGGUCCAUGCGAAAUGCACCCGUGCAGCCAGUGGCGGGCGGCGGAUGGGCGUUGGACCCGACCUUGGCUGCAUCGAGAGAGGAGCCGAUCAGUGCGAAUGCCCAUAUCCCGUAG